CAGGCUGCCCGCUGCCCGCUGCCCGCCGUCCGCCGGCCUGCACGGAUGAAAUUAUUGACAUUCUGCGUCCGUAAAAGACGCAUUUUCUGUCAAUAAAUGAAAAGACCAAGUCUGCGUCUUCUGGAUCCCGUCCUUGCUCUGCCUCCUUCUUCCUCCAUCGUUGACUUCGAGUCUCCAAACCCAUAGCGUCCCGAGCGAGAGAGGAGUCUCCCAGCAAGAUCAUCGUCUCCAAACAUCCAAGCAGCCUCCCUCCUAUUACUACAACCAUGGUUGACUACGUUCCGCCGCCCAGGGAUCUCUCCCACCUGAACGCCGUCCAGAGAUACAUGCAGAAGGGUUCUCUCGACAAACAAGAUUACAUCUGGCUUGUCCUCAUUGUUUUCGCCUACUUCACCGCAAGACCUUAUAUCCAGGAAUUGUUUAAACGCUUCUUCAACCACCAGGACAUUGAGGAGGGUGAGAAGACCCGCGCUGAGUAUAUCCAGUCCAAGGCAAAGGUCGGGCCCAAUUCUAUCCGAGGAACCGAAGCCGAGGAAUCCACUACCAUUGUUGAGCUAUCAGGGGACACCAAGGCAUCGGGCAGGAACUCAGAGAAGAAGGGCAAGGCUGUCAACAGGAAAACCAAAGAAAAGUCGGAAGUGGAUAAGCUCCUAGAUUGGGACGAUGAGCCAGAAAGGAAGCCUGUAGAGGGAGACAAAACAGAUGUUGCGACAUGGCUCGACAAAUGGGCUGAUGAGUGAGGCAAGCGCCAGAACAGCCAUUUCAACGCCUUUUAGCAGUGAUAAGCUGCAAGAUUUAUGAGGUUUCGAGAGCCUGGUAGCCUCUGCUGACGGGGCAAAGACCGCUCGAGGACGCCGCCCUCGGAGUGGCCAAAUGCCGACAUGAUUAGAAGCAGGUCGGGUCUCCGACCACUGCGUUGCAAGCUACCAGGAAGAAGGCAAUCUGUUGUUCCAGCGCCGGUUUCUGGCAACCCAGGUCUGUCAGCCGAGACUCGGGGCAGACGAGCGUGGGAGUAUUUCGCUGCGGAUACGGCUAUGCAUGGUCGUGUUGGACUAUAGUGAGGCGGCUAUUAUCAGCCGAUCCGAACGCAGGCGCUUCCGGUGUUUUCAGGUUGCAAUGCCAUUUACGCGGUCCUUGUUGCAAUCCAAUCUAUACGCAGCACAAUCCAACAACAAGGGACAAGUGCAUUGGGGUAGCCGGCCCUCAACUUGUCGAUGGAAACUGUAACAACUAUCACCUACUGCUGAGGGAUGUAACCCUUCUUCUCUCGAAUGUGCAAUGAAUCUAUAACGCCAAAUUUGGCCCUCAUUAAUGAGCUCGAUAAAAGUCAUAUGUAAAUAGUCAGAUCCGCCUGAUUGUACACAAGGGCAAUUGUACUCUAUUAGUAUAGAACAUCGUAAA